AUUGAUUGGAAAGCGUUUGCCAUUCAAGCCGUUAGUCGUCUCUCACAGUGUCUGCAGUGAAGCGAAGGCAACGCUUGUGUCAACACAUCCGCCAUAUUAUCCCUGCGUUUGUGACCACACUUUGUGCCGGCAUUUGUGUCCCAACACUCAACCUAUUCCUCCGCAUAUCGUGGCCGCACAUUAUGGGCGAAGACGUGGAAAUGAGUUUCGAGACUCAAGACAUUAAGAUCAAGAGUGAACCGCGAGAUAAAGAGAGGGACAGAGAUAGGGAUCGGGACAGAGAUCGCGACCGACAGGACAGGGAUAAAGACAAGGAUAGGGAGAGAGAUAAGGAUAAAGACAAAGAUGGGAAAGACAGAGACCGGGAAAAGGAGAGAGCGGAGAGACAUAAGGAGAAGGAGAGGGAGAGAGACAAAGAUAAGGACAGAGAGAAAGACAAAGACAGGGAUAAAGAUAAGGACAAAGAUAGAGAGCGGCCGUCGAAGAGUGAGAAAGACAAAGACAGAGAGCGGCCGCCGAAGAGUGAGAAUGAGAACAGAGAGAACAAAGAGAGAGAUAAAGACGGCGAUAAAGAGCGUCGAGGAGCCGAUGGCGUGGACCGCGAGACCCGUUCGCGGCGACACCGGUCGCGAUCGAAGGAGCGGUCGUCCCGUCGCGGCGGCGGAGAGCGCGGCGGCGAACGCGAGGGUCGAGAAGAGCGCCGUAAGUCUCGGGCGGAAGAGCGCGACCGCGAGGAUCGAUCGCGAUCUCCGAACCGAAGCAAAAUCAGUCGCCGCAAGAAGCAGUCCAACUACUGGGAUGUGCCGCCGCCCGGCUUUGAACACAUCACUCCCGUUCAGUAUAAGGCAAUGCAAGCCGCCGGACAAAUACCCACCACACUAUUCGCAGCCCCCGGCGCCGCACCCGUCCCUAUAGUGGGCAGUACUAUCACAAGACAGGCCCGACGCCUAUAUGUCGGAAAUAUACCGUUUGGUUGCAGCGAAGAAGAGAUGAUGGACUUCUUCAACGCCCAGAUGCACGCCUGUGCGUUCAGUCAGGCGCCCGGCAGUCCAGUGCUCGCCUGUCAGAUCAAUCUCGAUAAGAACUUCGCUUUCCUCGAGUUUCGAUCGAUUGAUGAGACGACUCAAGCGAUGGCUUUCGACGGCAUUAACUUUAAGGGACAGUCACUGAAGAUUAGAAGACCGCAUGAUUAUCAGCCAAUGCCUGGCAUGAGUGAACAGCCGCAGUCAACUGUUCCCGGAGUUAUCUCCACAGUUGUCAACGACUCUCCAUUUAAAAUAUUUAUCGGAGGUCUGCCUAACUAUCUAAAUGAAGAUCAAGUGAAGGAGCUUCUCAUGAGUUUUGGUCAGUUAAGAGCGUUUAAUUUGGUGAAAGACAGCGCCACCGGUCUCUCAAAAGGGUACGCGUUCUGCGAAUACGCCGAUAACAACAUCACGGAUCAGGCGAUUGCGGGACUCAAUGGCAUGCAAUUGGGCGACAAAAAGCUCAUUGUCCAGAGAGCCAGUGUCGGCGCCAAAAGCGGCCCAUUGGCUGCCGCACUGGCCGGGGCUGCAGCCAUAUCAGCACCCGUACAGAUACAGGUGCCGGGACUGCAGAGCGUGUCCGGCGGUGUCGGUAAUCCCACAGACGUGUUGUGUCUGAUGAAUAUGGUUGCAGCCGAAGAACUUAAUGAUGACGAAGAAUACGAGGAUAUUCUCGAAGAUAUUCGCGAAGAGUGCGCCAAAUACGGCGCCGUCAAGUCAUUGGAGAUUCCCAGACCUAUUGAAGGCGUUGAAGUUCCCGGACUCGGAAAGGUUUGCCUCUCUCUUUUUCCCUGUCUCUGUCUUUCCCAUCUU